AUGGCGCCAAAACACAAAUCAAGAGACGAGGAGGAGGUACUUUCCGAAACGGAGAAACAUGAAGCACCUGAAGGGUCCAAGGUCUCUGAACGUUUCCGAGCCUCAUUGGCUCGGUUCGCCUUUGCCCACUGGCAUUCGUCGAAUCAAAAAUCCAAGGCGCACGGCAAAGCCACAACGACAGAGAGGAGGCCACGAAAUCAGGAUCAUGCAAAAGAGCCCGACAGCCCGAUAGCCACAAGUUCUCGCGUAAAGGAUCUGAGGACCAGAAAGCGGUUGAUUUCAGCGCUCGACGAGGGUCCCAAUGAAUCGGUUGGUCGUUUAGAACCUGGCUCACCCUCCAAGAAACAGAAACGGGGGUAUGCCGAGCCGUCUACGUACGCUCACCUACGGGAACUUCAACAUCACUUGUGGAGUGGGUUAGAAGGUGAGUCAAUCAAAAGCUUGAACCUUCCGAACCAGCAACUCACAUUCUCGUUUAGUAGUUUUUUGCGGUAUCAAACGUCCGCUGAGAUUGGGUACCACUUUGGUGGUCCAACGAAUCACUUCUGGAGCCGCCUGUUCAAAUCAGGCUUCACUACAAGACUUCUCCGUCCUCAAGAAGACUUCACUCUUCCAGAAGAGUUUUCGAUCGGGAUGACGAAUCUGGUUGAUCGUCCAACUGCUGAGCAAAGCGAGCUAUCCAAAGCCGAGCAAAUAGCGGGAGUUCCUGCUCUCCUCGCCAAGAUCGCCACACACCGCCCCAAGAUCGUCUGUUUUGUCGGGCUGGGAAUCGCGGACAUCGUCAAAUCCAAAGUGAUGCCGGCCGGAAAGGGCCCAAAGACGAAAGCGGCUGUUGGAAUUCAGCCCUACAAGCUUCAGUAUCAAGAUGAACAAGCAUGCCCCAAGGAAACCCUUUUCUACGCUGUGUCGAGUACGUCGGGUCGUGUGGUUAAGUAUCAGGCAAGUCCUCGUCCAGAAGCUACUAACCUCCCCACUUCGAUUUUUCCUCUCCAACUGAGCGAUCUACAGAGAAUAAUUUGA